AUGAGAGGGGGUUUGUGGCAACUUGGCCAAUCGAUCACUCGCCGUCUUGCGAACGGAGGAGAUAAGAAGGCUGUUGCACGAAGGUGUUUCGCUACAGAAUCUGAGCUGAAGAAGACAGUUCUGUAUGACUUCCAUGUUGCUCAUGGUGGAAAGAUGGUUCCUUUUGCUGGUUGGAGUAUGCCUAUUCAAUACAAAGACUCAAUCAUGGACUCGACGUUAAACUGUAGACAGAACGGUAGUCUUUUCGAUGUUUCUCAUAUGUGUGGUCUUAGUCUCAAGGGAAAGGAUGUUGUUUCGUUCCUUGAGAAGCUUGUCAUUGCUGAUGUUGCUGCUCUUGCCCACGGAACCGGGACUUUGACUGUUUUCACUAAUGAAAAGGGAGGGGCGAUCGAUGAUUCCGUGAUUACUAAGGUGACAGAUGAUCACCUUUACUUGGUUGUCAAUGCUGGGUGCAGAGAUAAAGAUUUGGCUCAUAUUGAGGAGCAUAUGAAGGCAUUCAAGGCCAAAGGUGGUGAUGUCUCGUGGCACAUUCACGAUGAGAGAUCUCUACUCGCUCUUCAGGGUCCUCUUGCUGCUCCUGUUCUUCAACAUCUGACAAAAGAGGAUUUGAGCAAGCUGUACUUUGGGGAGUUCCGCGUGUUGGACAUCAAUGGCUCGCAGUGCUUUCUCACCCGGACAGGGUACACUGGUGAAGAUGGAUUUGAGAUCUCAGUUCCUUCAGAGCAUGGAGUUGAACUUGCCAAGGCACUGCUGGAAAAAUCCGAAGGGAAAAUAAGAUUGACAGGACUCGGUGCUAGAGAUAGUCUACGUCUCGAAGCUGGAUUGUGCUUAUACGGAAACGACUUGGAGCAGCACAUUACACCUAUUGAAGCAGGACUGACAUGGGCUAUAGGUAAGAGAAGGAGAGCAGAAGGCGGUUUCCUAGGCGCUGAUGUUAUCCUUAAACAGCUCGCAGAUGGCCCUUCCAUUAGGCGUGUUGGUUUCAUUUCUUCUGGUCCACCUCCAAGAAGCCACAGCGAGAUUCAAGAUGAAGGAGGCAACAACAUUGGUGAAGUUACCAGUGGUGGAUUCAGUCCUUGUCUCAAGAAGAACAUAGCUAUUGGAUAUGUCAAAUCUGGAUUGCACAAAGCUGGUACCAAAGUAAAGAUCGUUAUUCGAGGCAAACAGAAUGAAGGAGUUGUCACGAAAAUGCCGUUUGUACCCACAAAAUACUACAAGCCAUCAUAG